UGGAUCACUUCACGAAAACGAAGGCGCAUUGCCCUCGACGGACGACUGAGAUACUAUGGCGCUUGCAGCGCCACGGAGCACAACUUCGGGACGCUAUGUCGUGGAGGUUGGCCGCGGAGUAUGCAGAUGCGAUGGAGGAGGAGCUGAAGUGGAGGAUCUGGUUGGACGUGGCACUGCUGCCCCUGGUGAUGCGUCUGCCACGCAGACACGAACCGAUGGCGGAGAGGACGGGAGAGGUGCCGCAGGGCCAGAUGGUGGCCAACAAGACUGUCUUGCCAGAGACGCCGCGGAUGAUGUUCGUGAGCGUUUGCGAACGCUCGUCGGUAUGGGGGAUGGAGGUGACGAGAGGGCGGCGAGAGGGACUCCUACUACAUCAACUACCUCCAUGCAAGUCGCACUCCGAGGAAGACAAACGACCUUGGAUCCUUUUUUGGGAAACAAGGUGCAGAAUGAUCUCGAUCGUUUGUUGGCACUUGCAAUGUACCGCGGCGGCGUGCCGUUCAACUGGCUAUGGCUGAAGGAGACGCAAAACUAUUGGGACUACAUUGUCACACUCCUGCGGCCAUCCAUCGUACCGGCGCCACGCCUGCUCUCGUACGAGGGAGUGAGGACGAGGAUGAUGUAUAUUAUAUACCACGAGGUUGCAGCACUCAUCGUCCGCAAGAAGGCAAAGUGGAAGGACACCGGUUGCACCUUGAUGACUGAUGGUGCCACUGACCAGCGCAACAAGCCGAUAAUGAACUUCAUUGCAGCAAGCCAGUCAGGGCCAAUCCUUAUCCGCAUCAUCAAUAUGUCGGCACGAGAUAAGACAGGCGUGAGUUUGGCAGAGAUAUGGGAGGGGGUGAUACGAGAUGACAUAGGGGUGGAGAAUGUGAAUGCCAUCUGCACAGACAACGCAGAGGUUAUGAAGGCGGCAGCGAGUAUUCUACAAGACCACCCAGACCCUGCCAUCGCACGGAUCCCUUGGAUCCCUUGCGCGGCGCAUUGCUUGAGCUUGCUGCUUAGAGACAUCGCGGCACGGCCAUGGGCCACUGAAGUGAUGAAGAGAGCGCAUAAGAUCAUCAAGUUCAUGCGGAACAAGCAAAAGGCGCUCCAUAUUCAUCGAACCGCGAAAGGGGCCUUGGACCUGACACGCCCGACUGACAUACGGUUUGGGACUGCAUAUAUGAUGUUGGAAAGGCUAUAUGAGCAGAGGAUAGUGCUUGAUGGGGUCGUGUCCUUUGAUCAGUGGAGAGAUGCACGAUGGGCAGGAGACGCGUGUCUGGACGAGCCGGAGGUACGCAGACUUUGCAGAUCGGACUGGUGGUGGCAGCAGUUCAAGAAAGUGAUGGACGUGAUGGAGCCCUACUACACCUUCUUGAGGGCCAUGGACUUCGACGGUUCAUCACCCCCAGGGUUGUGGGAUUUGGAGUCCAUCUUGCGGAGGAGAAUUGAUGUAUUGGGCCUGCGGGAGGAUGAGAGGAAGGUGGUCUUCGACAUUGUGGGAGACAGAUGUGCGAUGAUGCGGCAACCGGCACACGCAGCAGCUUACUUGUUGGAUCCUCGUCGACGUGACAUCUCUUUGUUGUCUGAUCGCAGCUCACCCGUCGCGCUGGGAGACUUGUGGGAGGAUUUAUGGACCUUCCACUGUGAUGAUCCUCGGUAUUGGCCGGUGGACGGUCCUCAUUGGUGGGACGAGGUUGCUGUUCGAGACGCUGCCAGUAAGACGAUGCACCCAGCAUUGUGGUGGCAGCUUCACGGCGGCGGUCACCCGAGGUUGCAGGCAAUAGCAAAGAAGGUGCUCGGCAUGUGGUCCACAACGAGUCCUUGUGAACGCAAUUGGGCCACUCAUGAUUUCAUUCACACAAAGAGGCGCAACAACCUCUCCGCCACGAGUGUGGAGAAGCUCGUGUUCAUUCAUUGGAACAUGCAACUUCUCAGCGCUAGCAGGAGGCCUGAGAGUCGCUACAUCGACGUGUGGGCCGACAUGGUUGAGGAUCCCCCCGAGGAGAUGGACGAUGGAGAUGUCUUGCCUGUCGAUGCGGAUGAGGAUGAGUGGGAGGCAGCCGCUCGAGCAAACCGUCAUAAGGACGGUCGUGAUCGCAUCACAUCUGCAUCUCGCUAUGUCGGCGAUCAUUAUGAGCCUGGCCCUUGGGCGGAUGCCGUGUGGAUGCAUCGUGAGAUGGCGCAGCACAUGCAGCAAGAGAGGGACAAAGGGAAGACCCUUGCCGAGGACCAGCAUGAUGUCCUCGAUGACUGGGCGGGGCUAGACCCUCACGAGGACGUCGACGCAUACAUGGGCGGCAGUUUCCGCACAAUGAGGACCCUACGGGAGAGGGUGGGAGGUCAGACCGAUGUUGAGGGGUUGUUGGCCAGAGAGGAUGCUGAGCGGGACAAAAAUCGCUCCUAUGACGACGCGAGAGGAGGGUGCACAGUCUACGUUGGAGCAGUGUUCAGCAGACGGUCGGGAACGGUGCAUAUCACAGAGCGGGUCGGAGUGUGGAGCCGAGGGUCGGGGAUGCCAACGGUGGAGCAGAGGGCCCAGAAGAGACUGGGAGACAGGGUGGAGGCAUUGGUGGAGCAGAGGACAGAGCAAAGGGCACACAUGUCCAGAGAUUGUAGAGUGGAGCAGAGGGCUGAGCAGAGGCUCGACGUCAGGGUGGACGUCUGUGUGGAUCAACGAUUGGGCCACGAGAGGGUGGUUGAAAGGGUGGGUGAGAACGUGCUGCAUGAUGUGGGUGGUGUGAUGGUGGAGAGGACUAAGGAGAGGGGCAGGGUUAACCCGCAGGAGAGCGUUACACCAGUGACCACAUUGAGUCGAGGCUCUUUUUAUGGGAUUCCCCUGUUGCCCCCUCGUGGUGCACAAUCCUCUAUACGGGUUGAUGUUGGCGCACAUGUCGAGGAGCCACCACAGCGCCAACGAGAAGGGGAGAUAGCCUCUAGUGGAGGCAGGGGCGCAUUGGACACCGUGUCCAGUCAUGAAAGGGAGGGUGGGAUACACAGCUCCAUCUUGACGAGUCAUGUGAAUACAGAGAUUCCCGAUGUUUCUGAGCGGUUGCCUGCUGGACGUGGCAUUGUCAGCGGUGUGUGCACAAGGUCUCAGGCAGGUGACGGAGAGAGACGAAAAGUCUCUUCUCGAGUUCUCGACGACGAUCCUGACCACAAUGAUGAUGGCAACACCUCGGCCGAGAUGUCCGGUAGUGACUAUGCUGAGGAGGCUCGUCUGAGGGGUGGAGAUUUUGGUGGAAAUGGGGAUGGCUCUCCUGACACUGAGGAUGACGCGGAGUAGUGAGAUGUGUUUCAUUUUGUGUGUCGAUCAGCGUGUGCCUGUCUUUGUUCGGGGUGCAGUUUGCUUAAU